AUGUCACUUCCAAUCAUCAAAGUUCAUUGGCUAAAUGAAUCAAGAGCUUUCAGGGUUUUAUGGCUAUUGGAUGAACUAAACAUUGACUAUGAAAUUAUUCCCUACAAAAGAGAUAAAGGAUUUCGUGCACCUGACGAAUUGAAAAACAUUCAUCCGUUAGGAAGGUCUCCGUUGAUUGAAAUAGUGGACAGAGAAAGUGGCAAACAAAAGAUCCUUGCGGAAUCGGGAUAUAUAUUCCAAUAUAUACUACAACAUUUCGAUAAAGACCAUAAGUUGAAUAAUGCGGAUCCUGACAAAGCCGAGGAAAUUCAAUAUUACUUGCACUACGUCGAAGGCUCCUUACAACCUCCUCUAAUGAUUGAAUUUAUCCUUUCGAAGGUAGAACAGGCACCAAUCCCAUUUCCGCUUUCUUACCUUGCAAGAAAAAUUACUGCAAAGAUAAGUGAAGGCUAUUCUCGUGGUGAACUCGCAAAUCAAUUAAACUUCAUUGAACAGGAGCUGUUGAAGAAUGAUGGCUAUUUGGUGGGUGGUCAAUUAAGUGCAGCAGAUAUAUUAAUCAGCUUUCCUUUAGAGAUGGCCUUUAUUAGGAAUUUUGCGAAGGAGGAGGAUUAUCCUAAUAUUCGGAAGUUUACAAAAAAUAUGAAAUCCUUAGAGUCUCACAAAACUGCGAAAGGAAAGGCUAGUGCAGUCGGCGGCAAAUUUUAA